UGGGUGUGACUGGAAGUUGAGAGAAGAACUGGCACAAUGGCCACAACAACAAACGCUGCAGGCUGCUCUUCGUCUUCUGUUUUACCUCCAUAACAUAUAAUGGUAUCACCCUACAUAUCGAUAAGGUAUAUAUACACUGACAUCAGUAAUGAAUUAUUGAAUAGAUGAAGUAUUGGUAAAUGUAUAAUACAAUAUGAAUUGGAUAGUGGAAAAAGAUGAAGUAGAUUGUGAGAACAUUGUUGGGCGCAGUUGUAAAGAACAGUGUGCAAGACAAGUAUUACCAACUGAAGGAAAGAAUUCUAAGUAUACAAGAAAUUAUUCAAUGUUGAAAUAAUUAAAAACUUGUGUGCAAAUUCACCUCCUCAUAAUACUUUUGUCAAUUGUAGUAAUAUUUAACCAGCCAUCACAAGUAGUGUACUUGUAGUAUAUCAGGAUGAGUAUCAUCAGAGGAACUGUACAUAUAACAAGAGUAUAUAAUUUUUGUACUCUUCCCUGUUGAGUGUUACUAUAGUGUAUGUUGUAAGUCAAAAACAGUGUUUGUUAAUUUAUAUAUUAAUGACAACUAAAGUUAUUUGUGUAACUCAUUCUUUACACUAUUUUUCACAUUUAAUCAAAGAGGUAUUGAGGAACCUUAUUAAUAAUGGUGUAGUCACAUCACAAACUGGAUCUUCCAUCACACUUGCCUCCCCACUGUCCACCCAUCUCAGCAUCAAUACAUCAGUGUCAGUAAAUUACAUUCACUAAUAGAUUUGUUUCAGUUGUGUUUGUUGUUUUUCAAAUAUAAUUAACAGUAACAAGAUAUUAAUAGCUCCUGUAGGAGGAAACCAUUUCCCAGUUCAGAGUCACUAAAACCUUUGAACACAAUACACACAGUUUUAUAAUGGAAGGUCACUCAGAGGAACAGUCGGAGUCUCCCAGAGAAUUGUCUGUAAAUUCACAUCAGGUAACAAAUUUGAAAGAUGACUUACACCAGAAACUGUUUGCGUGUCCAGAAUGUCAAAAAGGUUUUCCACAAAAACAUAAAUUAAAUUACCAUAUGAGAAUUCAUACAGGAGAGAAAUCAUAUCAAUGUUCUGAGUGUCUGACAGACUUUGCACAUAAAUCUUCUCUAUAUGCACACAUUAAACGUCAUACAGGAGAGAAACCAUAUCAGUGUUUUUUGUGUCGGAAAGACUUCUUACAUAAAUCUUCUUUAGACGCACAUAUGGGAAGUCAUAGAAAAGAGAAACCUCAUCAGUGUCCAGAAUGUUUGAAGAACUUUCAAGAUAAAUCUAAUCUCAAAAGACAUAUGAGAAUUCAUACAGGAGAGAAAUCAUAUCAAUGUUCUGAGUGUCUGAAAGACUUUGCCCGAAGAGGUACUUUAGCCGCACACAUGAGAAGUCAUACGGGAGAGAAACCUUAUCACUGUUCUCUGUGUCUGAAAGACUUCGCACUUAAAUCUUCUUUAGUUGCACACAUGAGAAGUCAUACGGGAGAGAAACCUCAUCAGUGUUCUGUGUGUCUGAAAGACUUUGCACUUAAAUCUUCUUUAGUUGCACACAUGAGAAGUCAUACAGGAAAGAAACCUUUUCAGUGUUCUGUGUGUCUGAAAGACUUUGCACAUAAAUCUUCUCUACAUGUACACAUAAAAAGUCAUACAGGAGAGAAACCAUAUCAGUGUUUUUUGUGUCUGAAAGACUUCUUACAUAAAUCUUCUUUAGACGCACAUAUGGGAAGUCAUAGAAAAGAGAAACCACAUCAGUGUCCAGAAUGUUUGAAGGACUUUCAAGAUAAAUCUAAUCUCAAAAGACAUAUGAGAAUUCAUACAGGAGAGAAAUCAUAUCAAUGUGCUGAGUGUCUGAAAGACUUUGCCCGAAAAGGUACUUUAGCCAUACACAUGAGAAUUCAUACGGGAGAGAAACCUUAUCGGUGUUCUCUGUGUCAGAAUGAUUUUGCCCAAAAAAGUUUUUUAGUCACACACAUGAGAAGUCAUACGGGAGAGAAACCAUUCCAGUGUUCAGAAUGUCAUAGAGGAUUCUCUGAAAAAUGUUCUGUAGUAAAACACAUGAAAGUUCACAAAGUAAAACCCUUUCACUGUGUAAGAUGCAAAAAGGUCUUUAAGGAGAAAGAGAGUUUAACAUUUCAUACAAAGAGAUGUUCUCAGAUUCACCAAGUGCCUAACUCACAUUAUAAUGAAGGUGAAAGCUGCCAGGAUUUCCACCAUGACUUGAGCUUGUCAUCCCAACCAACAGUGGAGAUGGGUGUUUCUGAAGGAGUGAAAAAGUGUGUUUCUGAAGGAGUGAAAAUGGAAACUAAUUGUGAUCCACUCUCAGAAGCUUCACCAGGGUCUGAGAUAAUUGAUCAAUCAUCUUUAAAGAUGGAGUGCCAGGAACAAGCAGUUUAUAUUAAGGAAGAAUUUUGAAGUUGUUUUUGUUGAAUACACUGUAUUGUACUUGUGCUACUGAUAUUCUUAUUAGACUGAACUUCAUGUUAUGUACAUUUUGUGAAUAAAAUCGUUACAUUUUGUGAUUGAAA